AUGGUCAUGAACACCCCAGUGACUAGGGUUGACCUUAUAGCGCAGAACCAGAUGAACCAAAUGAUAGUAGGCCAGAACGAACAGCUUCUAGCCAACCACCCGAUCAACCGAGUGGACUGGUGCCACAAACCAUUGCUAGGCGAGGCCACGGGGACAGUCGUGAUCAGUCUCAUGACAAAGGCAGGUGCAAAUGCUGCGUUGGUAGCAGGAUGCAUCUCCUUCGAAGACCAGAUCAAGAAUACCAUCAGGUACAGUAGGGAAUGCAAAGUCCCACAGUGCUUCAAAUGCUACGAAUACGGACAUACAACGCGCCAAUGUCGAAACGAAGAAGUAUGCAGACACUGUGCUGGGGAUCAUCCCAUCAAGAAGUGCGCGAACCUAAGCGGGAACAAGACUCGCGCUCUAUGCAAUGGGAAUCACCCGACGUGGGCCCAGAGCUGCGAGUACAUAAAGAAAGAAAGGGCGAGAAUCGAGAUAGAAAUCCAGAAAGUCAAGGACCAGCCCUACUACCCAGAGGACCCAGUCGUCAGCCCAGGACCAUCGGAAAGAGGAUCCGUAGUGUCAUUCCGCUUGCCGGCUGAAGAAGACGCGACGGACGGGAGACCUAACUCGGAUCCAACCCCAGCGGAGGCAGCAAGCGUCAUGAGCUCAGGCACUAGAUCAAGCACGGGACAAUCGACUGGACAAGGGGGCCAGACUAGGAGCAAGGAACUUUCAGCACUACUACGCCCGUAG